AUGCAGCAGAGCACCAGACACAAUUUGUCCAAGUCGAGGAACAAUAAUCCAUCGAAGAAGCCUGUGCACUCGAAACAGGAUAACCUCGGGAACCCUGUCAGUCGCAGUAAAUCGAAUUCGACGGUGAACCGAGAGAACAGAAAUAAAAAGAACCCACGACAGAAGUCCAGGUCCACUAUGAAGAAUCAGUUACAGAACAAGGCACCUAGCGACGAAGGAUUGUCCCUGACGGAGAUAAUAGGCAACGAGGAACUCGAGGACAAGAUGAGGAUGUCGGAGGCGUCUCAAACUACGAAUGACACAAAAUCAGCAGUGGUAAUGGAGUACUCGACCGUACAGAAAAUUGUCCAGAUCCUGGACGACACGGACCUGGUUGCCACGAAGAUGGUCAUGAAAGACCUAAACAAUAAGCAGAACCUCGAGGAGAAGAAAGAACCGAUGAUUGAAUUGCAAUUCGAGCCUCAAAUUAUAUCCGAAUUCGUGUCGAUAUCCGAAGAGUAG